AUGCCUCCUAAGCGAAUCCGUUGCACCGCUGCUUCGUGCCGUGAGCCCGCUCAACGGAUCGUCGGCGACUGCACCUUUUGCCAAGGCCAUUUCUGCGGCAAGCACCGUCUACUAGAAGACCACAAGUGUACUGGUCUCGAGGACUGCAAGAAGCAGUCUCACGAGCGUAACGCUGCACAACUCGAGUCGGAACGAACCCAGGUUAUCCGGGGUGUGUAA